AUGAAAGGAGGGACAGUUCAUCAAACCUGUGCAUUUCACAGUAGAAACUCUGUCCUCACCAGCUUAGUGAUCACAAAUGAUCCUGUCUCUAAUUCCCUGUCUGUGAAACAUUGUUUGGAACCCCAGGAAAGGAAACUGACGUGCCUCCAGAACCCCUUGGAGAACUUGGAAUUAACUUGUGGCUACCUAUUGGAAGAGGACGUGAAGUGUCUCUCUCAGUACCCAACCCUCGGCUACCUAAAUCAUCUGAAUCUCAGCUAUGUGCUGCUGCUCCGCAUCAGUCUUGAACCCCUCGGAGCUCUGCUGGAGAAAGUUUCUGCCACUCUCGAGACCCUCGUGUUGGAGGGCUGUCAGAUCCACUACUCCCAACUCCGUGCCAUCCUGCCUGGCCUGAGCCGCUGCUCCCAGCUCACCACCUUCUACUUUGGCAGAAAUUGCAUGUCUAUGGACCCCCUGAAGGACCUGCUGCGCCACACCAGUGCGCUGAGCAAGUUAAGCCUGGAGACAUAUCCUGCCCCUGAGGAGAGUUUGAAUUCCUUGGUUCAUGUCGAUAGGGAGAUCUUCACCCCACUUCGGGCUGAGCUGAUGUGUACACUGAGGGAAGUCAGGCAGCCCAAGAGGAUCUUCAUUGGCCCCGCCCCCUGCCCUUCCUGUGACUCAUCACCACCUGAGGAACUGGAGCUCCAUCUUUGCUGCUAG